GCCACCGAAGCUUUCGGACCGCCACAAGGCCGACCUCGUUGAUCUCAGGCGCCGAUGGAUUGUCUCGCGGCGAAGAUGGGAUACCGAGACUGGAAGGGCCUCAUCAAAACCCUCAGCUACGAGAACAAGGGCCUCGGCGAAUCGUUCAUGCGCUACCUUAUGUGACAGGCAGAGCUGCAGGGAAACCCGAUUAAGAGCGAGAAUGCCAUCCGUGUGCACACGAGGAAGCUGGGCCGCUUGUAUAGGAAGUAUAACGCUCGCCUGCCGGAGAGGUCGCUCAUGGAUCACCUUCGGAAUGUCAUCCGUUCCGACAUUACGCGCAAGUGGACGCUGAGGCGCGAGCCGAAGAUCAAGCCCAUUAUGGGCCCCGACUUCUUCAUGUAUCACCUCCAUUUCCUCUGGGUGCGUGACACCUCGGCGUUCCACAUCGGGCUCGACCGGAUCGACGAUGCGUGCCUUCGGAUGUUCUACAUGUGGACCGGCUGUCGAAAGCACGAGCUGAUCUGCGCAAAGCCGAAAGACCUAACGGCAAAAGUGAAGGAGUAUGCCGAGGAAUUAGAUGCUGACAUAGACGUAGAAUGUAGCACGGACAAGUAUAUCAAGCCACGCGUGAAUAAGUGUUGGGUGUGCGACUGCGUGGACGAAUGCGACAGCGACACACGGCUUAAGGUCCUCUGCUGGGAGGACAUUGACCUCUGGAUCCUCCGCGAUCCAGACGGAAACGGCGGCCGGAACCGCCUGGCCAUGCCAGUUCUUCUCCGCUACCACAAGGGCGAGAACAACAAGAUCGUGCCGACCUGGUAUAUCUUCAUCGAAGAGGCACUCCCGAUCCUCUGUCCCAUCGCCCAUAUCCUUUCAAUAGGAACACCUACUAGGAUUAUUUCGGAGUCGAGUCUUGGACCUGAGCGCGGAUGUGAUACUUCACUUUCUCCGACGAGCGCAGCUUGAGGAGCGCUGGCUUCUUAUAGACAGACCCGAGCCCAACCAUUUGCUUUAAACCUUGGCUUCUGAGGAAUUCUGGCCUGGAGUCUGAGGAUGAGCAAAAACCAUGUCCUACAGGGCAUUAAAGUAUUAAACAGCCUGCCGGAAGGUCGCGAGAAAGGCUGGCGCGUGGCUGAGCCCGUAUCAUGCUGGGUGUUGGCCGGAUGGACCCUGGAAUAGUCCUCUGAUAACCAAUGGAUCAGAU